UAAGCGGCUCUAAAUCCACCAAAUACACAUUGAAGCACGAAAGGAUUUAUUAUGAAGCACAGAAGCAGAUAGUGCCAAGUUGUAAGCAGUACUUGGACAUAUUUGGUGAGUGGGGCAGCUUUUCCUUCUCCCACUGCUGCUGAGAUGGCAGAAAUUAGUAGAAUUCAAUAUGAAAUGGAAUACACCGAAGGUAUUAGUCAGCGAAUGAGGGUCCCGGAAAAAUUAAAGGUAGCACCACCAAAUGCUGACCUGGAACAAGGAUUCCAAGAAGGAGUUCCAAAUGCCAGUGUGAUUAUGCAGGUUCCAGAGAGGAUUGUUGUCGCAGGAAAUAAUGAAGACAUUCCAUUUUCAAGACCAGCAGAUCUUGACCUUAUUCAGUCAACUCCCUUUAAACCUCUGGCACUAAAAACACCACCUCGUGUACUUACGCUAAGUGAAAGACCGCUAGAUUUUCUGGAUUUAGAAAGACCUCCUCCAACCCCUCAAAAUGAAGAAAUCCGUGCAGUUGGCAGGCUAAAAAGAGAGCGCUCUAUGAGUGAAAAUGCUGUUCGCCAGAAUGGACAGCUGGUCAGAACUGAUUCCAUUGUGACACCAUCGCAGCAGGUUCGGGUCUGUCCUCCCCAUAUGCUACCUGAAGAUGGAGCUAAUCUUUCCUCUGCUCGUGGCAUUUUGUCGCUUAUCCAGUCUUCUACCCGUAGGGCUUACCAGCAGAUCUUGGAUGUGCUGGAUGAAAACCGCAGUGUGAGAAGACAAAAUGAAAUACGUUUGGAAAGACCUGUGUUGCGGGGUGGGUCUGCCGCCGCCACUUCUAAUCCUCAUCAUGACAACGUCAGGUAUGGCAUUUCAAAUAUAGAUGCAACAAUUGAAACAACUUCAGAUGACAUGACUGUUGUAGACGCAGCUUCCUUAAGACGACAGAUAAUCAAACUAAAUAGACGUCUACAACUUCUAGAAGAGGAGAACAAAGAACGUGCUAAAAGAGAAAUGGUCAUGUAUUCAAUUACUGUAGCAUUCUGGCUGCUUAAUAGCUGGCUCUGGUUUCGCCGCUAGAGGUAACCUCGGCUCUCAAAACAUUGUCUCAACAGCUGGAAAUAUAAAGAAUUUGCAAACUUCUUCGUUUCUGUCUUUGCGUUGUAUGCCGUUUUAUAGUCCAUGCCCUGAAAGUGUAUUUCUUCCAGAAAGGCGGGGGAAGGACAUACAUUACAGACGUGAGGUAUGUUCUGCCCCCUCAGCUGUGCUCACCUUUAACCCGUCCUGCCGUGACACCUACUUAAAACUUUGCAUGUUUUGUAAAUAGACUCUACUUUUUUUUAUUUUAAGAAAUUAAUUUUUUUGCCUCAUCAUUCUGCACAACUUGCUCUCUGAGUGGAAGAGAAAGUGCAUAGAGGAUUGAUUUAGAAAAAUAUCUGUGAAAGAAAAAUAAUAGUUCAUUUGGCCCUAUUCCUCAAACACUAUUAAGCAGCUUUGUUAAUAGACGUUUUUUUGCCUCCACAAUCAACAUGAAUACUUCUGAAGUGUGGUCUGGUGUCAGAUUUCUUCAAAGCACUUCAUUUCAGAAAUCACCUCCAUUCAAAUAAUUCCUGACAUUUUCAGCAGUUGAUCUAAUAUGUGUGUAAAAUGUGCAUUGUUUUUAUUUUAGUUUUGCAGAUGGUUUUCUAUAAAGUACGUUUUUACUAAGUCCAUGUGUGAAUGAUUUAAAAACUACAGAUGAAGGUAUAAGUGUAGUGCAUUCAAUAAACUGUCAACCAAAGCAA